AUGAACGUGUUUGACCGCAGCAUCAACAUCGAUGCCCUCUUCAAGUUCUCCCAAAUAUCUCAUUCCACCCAGGUGCACUUGAAGAAUGUGUACUCCAGCUUGGCGGUUUGCAUGUUUGUGGCUGCUGCCGGCUCCUAUGUCCAUGUCGUCACACGCCUCUUUCAGGGCGGUGUGCUCUCUGUGCUUGGAUCCCUGGGGCUGAUGUUCUGGCUCGCCAUGACCCCCCACAACCCCGAGACAGAAAAGAAGAGACUGGCUAUCCUGGCAGGAUUUGCCUUCCUCACAGGUGUUGGCCUUGGCCCCACACUGGACUUUGUCAUCUCUGUCAAUCCCAGCAUCAUUGUGACUGCCUUCAUGGGAACCUCUGUGAUUUUCAUCUGCUUCACUCUCAGCGCUCUCUAUGCCAAACGCAGGAGCUACCUGUUCCUCGGAGGCACACUCAUGUCUGGCCUCUCCAUCCUGUUCCUGAUGUCUCUGAUGAACGUGUUCUUUGGCUCUAUGAUUCUGUUUAAGGCACACAUGUACCUGGGGCUGCUCAUCAUGUGCGGCUUUGUCCUGUUUGACACUCAGCUCAUCAUCGAGAAAGCAGAGAACGGAGACAAGGACUACGUUUGGCACUGUGUGGACUUGUUCCUUGAUUUCAUCACCAUCUUCAGGAAACUGAUGGUAAUCCUCGCUAUGAACGAUAAGGACAAGAAGAAGGAGAAGAAGUAAAGCAUCUUUGAGUAGCAGGAAAAUAAAAACAAUCAGAAAAGGCACAAUUUGCAACGCACUUGGUGCUUUUCACUUUCUGUCUUCAUUUUUCAAAUUUAACUCCUAUGUGGUCUUACUUUGUUGGAAAUUCUUUAAUUUUUUUUUCUUUCUUUCUCUAAACUUACAACAAGGAUUGAAUGUAAGUUUACAGUAAUGCUCGUCCCAUCCUGGCUGUGAAUGAAUACUUUAAUGCUGCAGUGAUAACAUUUGGCCUGUAGAGGGGAGCCUUGCCCUAUGAUGGCUCCCAGAAGCUGAGCAACACCUAAUGAGGAUUUUUCAUAUUUACUGUUCUUUAGUGCCAUAAAUUAACAUGAUAGGCUCCUUUUUCUAGUGAGUCAUGUGAGCUUCUGAAACUGAUUAUUGUAAUAUUUUGUGUAAUGUCAUUAUUUAUAGGUUUCCUCAGUUCUAUUUAGUGAAAUGCUCCCACUUAAAAUGUCCCAUAAUUUUGACAGCACAUCCGCCUUUUCAGAAGUUUUCCUCUGAAUUGUUUUGUUCCCAUAUUUCUUGGUUUGGGGGUCAGAAUUGUGAAGUGUGGUGACACUGAUUAAAACCCCAGAAGCCUGUCAGACUCUCGAUGAUCUACACUGAACUCAUUCAGAGGGACUUUCAGCCACUUGGUGGUCUGAUUUUUGGAUUUUGGCCUGAUGGAGGAGGAAAAAUCGCUGCCAUCUGUCCAUUUUUUUGUUCCUUCAGUUUGAAUCGACAGGCAAGUAAUUCAGACCACUUCCCUUGUAAAUUUCUCUGUUGUCUAGAAAAUAGUUUGCAGGAUGUUAACCUGAUAAUUUGGCAUUUGUAUGAUUUUUUUUUUUUUUUUUGAAAGUGUAUACUGUGAAAAACUUAUUUUAUUGACAUAAAACAAACU